UGGCAACAACACCAAAAUAGACGAUAGGUCAUGAAUGCGUUUUAAUUUAAGCGAAAUUAAUAUCAUUUUGUAGACAUUCCCUAGGUGUUGAGUGAGGAAGUCAUGAAGGCGCACAUCUCUGCGUUCACUGGGUAAUUUCGUCGUGGUCCUAAAGCCGCCGACCUUCCCUGAGAUUGAUCGAUUUGCAAUUCAUUGUCAAAGACACACAUCUCUCCGGAGAGCACAAAAGCAUCAUCAGGAUGGCUUCACCACAACCAGGUAGCCCACCAACCGAAGAGCAGUAUACACCACCGCCUUCUGAGACCGAGCCCAACAAAGAACCAGACAACUCAUCAGAACAACCUACGAGAAGAAGAGGCAAAGGGAGACCGCCAAAAACUUUGCACACUUUUAAGUGCUCGACCUGUCAGGAGGUCUUUACCAGCCCUUCAGCUCUACAAAGCCACAAGCUGUCAGUACAUGGUAAAGACAAACAGCAGCAGUACACCUGUGGUAAGUGCACAAAGACGUUCUCCAGCCGGGCACAGCUUUCCAAGCAUCAGCGCUCCCAUUCUGCUCAGCGUCCGUUCCAGUGCCCAAACUGCCAUAAGGCUUACAAGACUCCAACAGAGUUACGCAACCACAGCCGUUCACACACAGGAGAGAAACCGUUUGUUUGUUUUGACUGUGGCAAGGCAUUUAUGCAGGCCAUUUGCCUGCGUAUCCACAUGACGCAGCACAGUGGCGAAAGGCCUCACUCUUGCCCUCAUUGCUCUAAGAGUUAUCCCACACUAUCCAAACUCAAAGUGCACCAACGAUCACACACCGGGGAGAAGCCUUACUUUUGUUCCGAGUGUGGGAAGAGUUUCGCCGACCCUUCGGUGUACCGCAAGCAUCGACGUAAUCACCAAGGCCACCGGCCAUAUUCUUGCAACCAGUGUGGCAAAACGUACACGGAGUUGAAGGACUUGAAAAACCAUGAGCGUUCGCACACGGGCGAGAAGCCUUACCUGUGCUCGGACUGCGGCAAAGCCUUCUCCCGGUCAUCCUCUUUGGCAUGCCACUUGCGAAUCCACUCCAAGAGCAAGCCGUAUCAGUGUGAACAGUGCGGCAAAGGUUUUACUCAGCUGUCCUCAUACCAGUCCCAUCUUCGCACCCAUUCUGGUGAAAAACCCUUCUUGUGUCCACAGUGUGGAAAGAUGUUCUCAGAUCCCUCUAGCUUCCGCCGACAUCAACGGGCGCAUCAAGGAUUCAAGCCGUAUCCUUGUGAUAAAUGCACUAAGAGGUUUCGGCAGCCUGCGGACCUUGCGGUGCAUCAGCGUGUGCACUCGGGUCAGCGGCCCUACAAAUGCCAACGCUGUGACAAAGCAUUCGUCGCUUCUUGGGAUUUGCGACGCCACAUGUUAGUUCACUCCGGUCUGCGGCCUUUUUCUUGCACGGAAUGUGGCAAGUCCUUUACGGAGCGCUCUAGUCUGAACAAGCACAGAAGGGUGCAUUCAGGGGAGCGUCCUUACAAAUGCCAGCUGUGCUUCAAGUCGUUUGUUGUGUCAUCCAGUUUGCGCAAGCAUGAGAGGACACACUUGUCCGAGAGGCCGAUACAGGUCCAGGCUGCUCCUGAAACGGCUCAAAUGUUUCCCACCACCCUGCCCCAGUUCUCCUGCUCUCACUGUGAUAUGAUAUUUGGAACAUGGGAGGAAGUGCAGGCCCAUUCCAGCCUACACACGAUCUCUCCCCCAUCUGAUUCUACGGUUUCGGCUUUACCUAUUGCCCCAUACGUUUGUGUGACCUGCCAGACAGAGUUUGUUCAGCUGGCUGAUAUGCAGGCACAUGAGAAACUGCACCCCAAGCCACGACCUCAUGUUUGUGACCAAUGCGGUAAGGGUUUCCUGAAUAAAGCUGGGCUUCGUAAACACCAGCGCAUCCACUCAACCAGUCGGCCGCAUUGCUGUGCUGUUUGUGGAAAGGCUUUCCUUUUCGCGGCCUACCUUCGCAAACACCUACGCACCCAUCGCGACACUGAGUCCUCAUCCUCCCUGCCUCAGACAGAUAUAGUGCACAGCCAACCCCUGCCAUCCCCACCAAGUGCUGCGUCACCGUCAGGAUCUGAGCCCGCCGCUAUUUCUCUUACUGUUCCAGUGUCGGCAUUUCAGACAAUGCCAGCCCAUGUGUAUAUAGACAAGGAAGAGGGUCUCUGAACUUAUUGCUGACUGUAAGUUGCUUUGAGAGAAUCUUGCAAAAAGCCUGAAAAUCAAUAAAAUCUCAUAUUUAAAGCUUUAAAGCUCAUAUUAAAUGCUUCAGUGCAUAAAUAGCCACAAAAUAAUGUCUUUAAUUUACCUUGAUACUGUACAAAAAUGUAUUUCUCUUUAUAAAUGUGCCAAGAUUGCUGAGAGGAUUUUAAUUUUUAAGGUAUGUCUGAAUAGAAGAGUUAAUGGUUCUCCUCUGUGUUAUAAUCACGUAUUUAAUUAUAGUGUAAUAUUUGAAUUCUAAUUUUAAUUUUCUCCAUCAACAGACUAUACAAGUUUAUACUGUAUUUUAUUUUUCUGAAGUUUAAACAGCUGUUAUUAUUUCAGUGUUUUUUAAAGGCAACAAGCCAGUGUAUGUGAUGUUAAAUAUGACAGUA